GUCAACGGAGAACACUGUCCACUGUGGUCAGUCAAAUAAAGAGUUAUCAACUUAAACAGAACGGUGAAUGGCGUUAAAAAUGACUAGUAAUUUAGAAAAUCAAGCCAUUAUGAGGAGAGUUGGUCACUGUCAUGGAGAAGAUCAACCAAUGUGUCCUAACAGUAUUAUAUUAAAUGCAACUAAAGUGACAACUUUUGGACGAACUGCAGCGUCGAACGUUCGAUUGCUUUCUUGUAAAGCGCCUCAAAUGAUAUCUCGUCAACAUGCUUCAGUUUGUUUUUUUGAAGGAAAAUGGGCGGUUAUUGACCAUAAUAGCUUAAAUGGGGUCUAUGUCAAUGAAGAAAAGAUUAUGCCAGAAUCACCAUAUAAUUUGACAUCAGGGGAUAAAAUCUGUUUUGGUGCAAUGGUUGAAAAAUGUUAUGAAUUUGAGUACAUAUUUGAAAUACUAGUGAAUAAUGAUAACAAACGAAAAUCUGAUAAGAUAGAAUCAGCUACAGAACCCAAAAUCAGAAAGGUCUUGGAAGAAGCUGAGACUAGUGGUUUAAGCUCAAAGGAAAAUUCUGAAGUUUUUAAAAUCAUAGAUUCUGAAAGGAAGAUAGAGGCCUUGAAGACAUUGCUUGCCGAGAAAGAAAAAGCUUACAUGAUUCAGUUAGAGCAGAAAGAUAAAGAUUUUGCAAAACAAAUUUGUGAAUACAAGCAGGCAUUAGAUAGAGGAAGGGAACAAGAGAAAAUGCUUAGGGGUCUUUUGCAAGAUGAACAAAAACAUAAAGAGGAGUUUUGCCAAAAGUUUGAGCAAGAGAAAGAUAUCUUGCUAGCAGAAAAAAAGAAAGUUGAGGAUAGUCUAAUUGAAGAAAUCAACUGUACAAUCGACGAGAAAGACAAAGAGUUAACUGUACAACUUAAUGAACUUCGUACAACCUUACAGAAUGCAUUAAAACAAAAAGAGAGUGAAAAAAUACGCUUACAGGAAGAACUAGAAAAAAACAGAGUCGAGCGAGAAAAGUUACAAAGCUUGGAAAAAAAUGAAAUGAAACUUGCGCAAGAUGUUGAACGACUUCGAGAGGAAUUAGCGGAGAAACGAAAGGAAAUUAAUAAAUUGAAGGAAAACGAUUUAGCGAAACGUUUGGAAGACGAUUUAACUUGUAUUAUCUGUCAGGAAUUAUUUAUUGAAUCAACAACUUUAUCAUGUUCACAUUCAUUCUGUAACUAUUGUUUGAACUCCUGGAUGAAGAAGAAACAUACCUGUCCCAUAUGUAGAACUGCCAUUAAAGGAACACCUGUUCGUUCCAGAGUAUUAGAUUGUGCUGUUGAAAAGGUAAUGGAAACUAUUGAUGAUGAGACAAAGUCACGUAGAGUAAAGAUUAUUAAAGAAAGAAAAGAAAAAGCAGCAGAGAUAUCUAUUGUAGACGAAACUCCUCCUGAAAUCCAGCGUCGCAUUGGCAACCAUGACAAUCCUAUAGUGGUUGAGCACCAUGAUAGAAACGAAGUACAAAUUGUGGAACGUCAAGUACCUCCUUUUUUCUUUCCCCAUCUGAUAUUUCGACCUGAAAGACCACCCCCACCUUUACAGCAACAAGGUAUGAUAGGACAUUGGUUUGAAAAUUGUCCAUUCAGGUAG